CAGAAGGGGCUGGGAUUGGGACAGGUCACAGUCCAUGAGUGGGUCCACGGGUCCAGCUCGGUACCUGGUGCCCACCGCGGUCCCCCUGGCCGGCAACCGGCGGAACCCAGGGCCAAGGAGCCAUGUGCCGGCCGCAGUCGUGGAGUCAAAUCCUCCUGCCAGUAUUCUUCUCCCUCUUUCUCGUCCAACUGUUUAUCAGCUUCUCAGAGAAUAGUUUUUCCCAAGUCUCCAGACACAAGAACAAGCACAGACCAAAAUCUAUGGAUGACGCAUGUACUGUAUGGAAAAAUUGUCAAUUGUGCACAGAAAAUAAUAAAUGUUUUUGGUGCAGUGAAGAAAGGGCUUGCAAAAAAAUUUGUUUUCCAUAUUUCGGGUGUCAUUUCAGUUCUAUAUUUUGGUUGAACUGUCACGUUGACAUGUUUGGAUUCCUGAUGCUUCUACUCAUUGCAGUAUUGAUUAUAGUGUUCAUUUGUCACUGCUUCAUCUAUCAAUAUUACCUGCAGACGAAUGUUCCUUUUAUCCUUAGUAAGAAUGCACUUUAG